AUGAAGCCUGCUACCCGAAUUACCACGGCCCCCGUGGAGAGCGAGAAGGAGACUCUGCUGACGCUACUUCCACAGUAUGGCUUGAAACUGGCCCCUGAUGGGCUGCACAUCCAGUGGGCGUUGGGGAACUGUCGACACCCUCGGAACUGGAGCUUGAGACGCAAGGUGUACGAUACGACGCUGAUUAUAUUCCUGGAGUUCUUCACUACUGCAAUCAGCACUGCCGGGUCUACGGCGGCCAACCAUGCUGUCCAUGAGUUCAACAUCCCCAAAGAGCUAUCCAUCUUUCUCUUCGUCUCCAUAUACCUCAUCGGCCAAGCCAUCGGGGGCGUCGUCUUCCCACCCUACUCGGAGGUUUUUGGACGCAAGAAGCUCUACGUGGCCAGCUCCGCCUUAUACAGCCUCUUCUGCAUCGUCAUCGCAUCAGUCCCAUCCCUCGUCGGCGUCGUGAUCGGCCGACUGUUCUGCGGCUUCCUCUCCGCCAUCCCCACCACCGUCGUCGUCGGCAGCAUCGAAGAUAUCUUCAACUCACGCGAACGCGUCUGGGUGAUCUGCAUCUGGACCAUGUUCGCCAAUCUGGGCCUCGUCGUCGGGCCCAUCCUCAGCACCUUUGUCGUAGCUGACACCAACUGGCGCUGGAUGUUCUACCUGGCAGCCAUCGUAACCGGCAUCCUCACCCUCCUCCUCCUAACCCUGCACGAAUCGCGCCCCUCCCUCCUCCUCGCCACCGAAGUAAGCACCCUCCGCAAAGUCACCAAAAUCCCCACCCUAGAAGGCCUCAACCCCGACAAAGCUCCCAACCUACGCAGCUUCGUCCGCAUCGCCCUCUUCCGCCCUAUCCGCCUCCUCUUCACCGAACUCAUCAUCUUCAUCGUCUCCAUCAUCAGCGCCAUCGCCAUCGCCCUCGUCUACCUCUUCACCGAAGCCCUGCCCCCCAUCUACCAAUCCUUCGGCUUCACCCCCAAGCAAUCCUGCCUCCCCUUCAUCGCCAUCGGCCUCGGCCUAACCCUCGGCCUGCUCACCCGCUGUCUCGACCUCCGCAUCAUCGCCCACCACCGCCACCAAGGCCGUCCGCUCCUCCCCGAAGACAAACUCACCGGGUUCUGGAUCGGGGCGCCGAUCCUCGCUGCCGCGUUGUGGCUCUUCGCCUGGACGAUUCCCCCCGCUGUUACUCAUCUCCCUUGGCUGAUUUCUAUCGUGGCGUUGGUUCUCGCAGGGUAUAGCUUAAAUGAAAUUGAUUAUGUGUUGGGUGGGUAUCUAACGGAUAGUUAUCUGAGUUAUGCGGCGAGUGGACUCGCGGCGUUGAGUUUGGUCCGGGCGUUGUUGUCCGCUGCGUUGCCGUUGAUUUCGGCUCCUAUGUUGGAUAGACUUGGGGCGAAUUUCACGGUCUCGGUGUUGGCGGCUGUCGCGACGGUGUUUUGUGCUGUGCCGCCGCUUUUUUCGCGCUUUGGGAGGGAGAUUCGGGCGAGGAGUGCGUUUGCCAGGUUUAGUUUGACUAUGUAUAGGGAGUUUAGUGUUGAUGAGGAGGGGUAUUAA